AUGAAUGCGUAACCAUACAUUUAGCUUUUGAACAUAUUUGGUUAUGGCCACAGCAACGAGCACAGACUCCUGUGAUUUGGAGCAGUUAACAAUUCAUGGACUUCAUGCCCUCGUCUUCGGUUUUGGUUAUAAAGUUGGCAUUGUGGAUUUCUUCCUUAAGACCCAGGAACCAUGUACAGCGGAAGACAUUAGUCAAGGGCUGGGGCUGAAGUUACGAUAUGUUCAGGAGUGGUUGGGUACUAUGGCUGCUAUAAGGAUUGUCAAAGUUCAUGAAGAUGGAAAGUUUUCUCUACCAUAUGAACCAGGGACCAUAAAAUUUUGUGGCGUUGUUGCAAAAUGUUUACAAGCUCUUGGUGAAGUGUGGCCCGAACUAGAAAAGGCAGUAACAGGCACCGGACCCCAAGGCUAUGGAUAUACCCCUAAAAUAUUGCAACUGGUAGAUGAAUUUGCUGUUGUAAAGCUCCAGAAAGAAUGGUUCCAGAAGUUACUAUAUCCAGUUCUUGAACUAAAAGCGGAAGGAAUGCACACAGUGCUUGAUUUAGGUUGUGGGAGUGGCAGGAUCACCCGCCAUCUUGCGACAAUGUAUCCCAAAUGUUCAAUCCACGGUGUAGAUGUAGAUCAAGGAUCCAUCGACAGAGCCAAACGAGAGCUGAUCAGUUCGGGGUUAACAAAUGUGCAAUACUCUUGCAUAGAUGGUGGAAAACUUCCACGUGAGUGGACAGAGAAGUUCGAUUUUGUGUUUUUAAUUUCUGUCCUGCAUGACGCAUGUGACGUAGACGCCAUAUUAGAUGAAGUCAAGCGUGUCUUAAAACAUGAUGGCUACUGUGCAGCAACGGAUCCGGGCGUUUCUUCCAACACCAAAGAUCUGAUUGAUGAUUCAAUUGCAAUGUUUCAUAUGCCUUUUAGUCUCUUCUCCUGUCUGCCUAGAAGUCUUAUGGAGUCAUCUUCUGUCGGUUAUGGUGUAGGAUGGGGUUAUCAGCGGAAAAAGACGGCCAUAGAAAAUCACGGAUUUCAUGUCGUUCAAGUUGGGGAUAUCGAUGUAAAUACCGUUCAAGAAAGGGUCGUUUUCACAAAGUGAAAUCAAAGCGUUUAUUUCAUAACUUAAAGACAGCAUAUUUUACUUUAGGGAAAUGAUUUACUCGCAAGAUAAAAACGAUUCUUUCAAAUCAA